GCGCAAAAUUGUAAUGAAUUUUUACUGGCCCGUCUUCGGGAUAUUGCUUAGCGUGCUAUCUACUGUAGAUUCUAGAUGGGUGGUUUAUCGCAGAUUUGAUUGUAACCACGAUAAUAUAUUGCAGCUACCUAUUGAGUCACCCGAGUACAUAUAUAAUGUGUGCUUGACUGCUUGUGCAAUCUGCUGCUGUUGAUGGCUUCCUGUGUUUGGCUAUAUCGAAGACUGAAAUUUGGUUUUUCGACGCAUUCGCUCGUAAACUGUAAACGAACAAGCUUUUAAGUUUAGUAUUAACGCAGUCAUGAGUGUGAUGGUUGCUGCGCGCGUUUCCUGGACCCCAGUUCCGAUUGGGAGUCAUUUUUUUAGAAAUUAAACUGCCUGACAGAGGACGCAGCUGUUGGUUGCGAACAGAAGUGUGCAUUAUCCAAGUGGUUGACAUUUUGUUGAGUACCUUCCAGUUAAGUGAAGUUUUACUCUGUACUAAACUUGUACCUGCACAGAAUGCACUUAUACGACAACGGAAUACGAUCAUUGUACACAUGGAACAGUGUGGACGUGGAACUGGAUGGAAUGCUGCAGCACGGCUAUGUCAUCGGCCUGGAAGAUGUCAACGGCGUCUCGCCCCGCAUGAUUGUGGAUUUUGAAUGUCCCACACACCGGUCGGUACCCGUUGAAUACGGGAAAGUCCUCGACUGCUCCAAUAAGCUGAAGGUGGAUGAAAUGUGGAUGCGGUGCAGCGACGCAAGCGACAUAGAAGUAUUAAUGCGCGAUCAGCCGAAUCGUCCGUGGAAAUGGUAUCCCGGGAAAGUGCUCAUACCCAGCUUCGAUGGCCUGCCUAAUUACGCUCUGGUGGAGGUACUGCUGACCAACUACAAAAUCCGCGAACUCCUCCCCCAUAGACAAAUGCGGCUGCCGCUGUCGGGAGGAGCACGGCAACUCCGAGUGCUUCAAACCGACCAUUAUGUGGUGCUCUCCAGUGUGUUCCCGAAAGGAUGUUGGAACAAGCUGGAGCCAACCAUGGCACUGCAAGUUCGCCGUGAAAUUCAGCGCAUUUACUGGCUGCACAUUGUGUCUGUAUCUGGCGAAACGUUGACCUAUCUCCAGGGGCGCUUCGAAAAAUCGCCUCCGGAAGAGGAUAUGGUGAAGACGUUCGCAAGCUGUUGCGAUCGCGUACGGAAGGAUAGUGAAGGAAAAGUGGAUGCUGGCAAACAGGACAACGACGCCAAGCGAAGAAAGACAGUAAACCACGACGCAUACAUUUGGGCGCUGCCACCGGAGCUUCUAAGGGAGAUCUUCCACUCAAUGGACACCAUCGACCGGCUGCGCUGCCAACGCACCUGUCAUCUGUGAGCAGAAAUUCUCACCUCCCCCGAACUGUUCCGCGACGUCCACGUACAUAUGCGGGCAAAACAAGCGGAUAUUUUUCCGAAUCCAAGUUACGGCGCUUACGUCUGCAUCUUCAAAUACAUCACACCGAUGACGCGAACCGUUUUCGUGCGGGAUGUCGAAACUUUCGAUGUUGACAGUAAAGCCGGUGUAGCGAUCAACUGUAUUCAACAGGCGCUGGAAAACAGCGGUACUUGUCCUAUUCGAUUAGUCUUGUUCGACAGCAACAUGUCCAUCGGGCGUUACUGGACUUUGGGGCGUUCCUUGGACAGUCUGCUGCAGGCUUAUUCCAGGAUAGCACCAUGCUGCACUUGUAUAAUCUGGAGACAUUGUGCUAUUUCGUACUGCCAAGAAAACUGCAGCAUUCUGCUCCGCAUUGCAAAUGCCCGUUUUAAUCUGUGUACCAUUAGCGCCACACAGAUUUGGGACGUACUGGAAAAUCAUCUCGACUAUAGCGAGCUUCUGGAUGUGGAGCUGAUUUCCCAGUGGAUUGCAGACCAACUGAUGGCAAAGUCCGCAAACCGUUGCGCUGACGUCAUGCAGAUUUUGAUGGCAUUUCAGAGCUGCGAUCCGCGUCCCUCCGCAAACUACUUUAACAAGACGUGGACGAUAGACAACCUGGACAGUUUGAACAUCGGAAAAUUAAAUCGACUUUGUCUGUAUACUCUAUAUUGCUACAUGCAAAAGUGGAGCGUAAAAACCAGUGUAAGCUGUAACCAUGGAUCCGGGAAGAAGAAACUCAAGGAACUAUGACAAAUUGCAAAGUGCCACCAACAGCACCAGAAUGCGCCCUACUUUUAUGCUUAGUACAGGGAAAGAGGAUACGGUUAUAGCUAUACAGCGGUUGUGUACAGCGGUUGUGGUUUUCCUUUUACAGUUCGUAAAUGAGUGUAAUGAAUACUGAAAAAUAAACUGCUGGAAA